AUGAGUUUCACAUUUGCGACGAAGUUAGCUUUUAGUGUGAUGGAUGUGACCGAUUCGAAAAAAUUAAGUCUUGAAGAAGUCACAUCGAAAAUCCUCCCCUUGGUUGGAAAUAGUGAUAUGGCCACUACCGACUGUAUGGAAUUUUUUUUCCAAUUAUGCGACUUGGACAAUGACGGGUUUUUGAGUUAUGAGGAAUUCAACCAUUUCAUGUUUUGUUAUGACAAAUGCUGCGAUAAAGGAUUUGUUAAGAUCAAGGCGGAUUUGAUUGUUGUGUUGUUCAUUGAGAUCUUUAGAGCGAUCGACAGUGACAUGAAUGGGACCGUAUGUUGCUCAGAAGUGACGCAUUCGAUAUCUAAGCUGGAGUACUCGAACACAACGAUGUUUGGUUAUAAAGACAUGUUUGUUGAUAUAAAGAACUAUUGCACGACAAAAGGGCCGAACACCGAACUCACUGAAUUUGAAUUUCUAUGCAUCUCGAUUAAGCCUGAAAUUCUCUUCAUGCAUCUGGAAGCUAAGUACAAGACUCUUUUUAAGAAAAUUGACAAAGAAAAACGGGGCUUUAUUGAUGCGAAAGAGAUGCAAGGACAUAUCGUCGAGUUGUUAUUUCCACGAGGGUGUGAAACUAAAAAUGCGAUCGACUUUUUGGUGUCCAUUUUGGUGUCUUCAACAAAGUCCCAAAAAGUGCGAGUGAAUCAAUUUGGGUUCAUCGUAGAACUCCUGAAAGACGUGUCGUCGGGAAGUACUUUUCUGACUAAUCCAAUGCUCUACGAGGCUAUGUUUAGACUUAUCGAUAACAAUUCUAAUGGCGAACUCGAUGGAGAUGAGUUACUUCUGUUGAUGAAUACCGUCAAACUCCCUUCACAGAAAAAAUCCAUUGUAAUGGACGCCUUUAAAACAAAACAUACAAUCACUUACACACAGUUCAUCGACUUCUUCUAA